AUGUUUUUGCCAAGUCGACAAACAGCUAUUGUUAACCCCCCUCCGCCAGAGUAUGUAAAUACUAAGAAAAGUGGGCGGCUGACAAAUCAACUGCAGUAUCUACAAAAAGUUGUCCUGAAGGCGUUAUGGAAGCAUAGCUUUUCUUGGCCUUUUCAGCAACCUGUGGAUGCCGUGAAGCUAAAGUUACCUGAUUAUUAUACCAUUAUAAAAAACCCAAUGGAUUUAAAUACAAUUAAGAAGCGCUUGGAACAUAAAUAUUAUGUAGAGGCUUCAGAAUGCAUAGAUGAUUUCAAUACAAUGUUCUCAAAUUGUUAUUUAUACAACAAGCCUGGAGAUGACAUUGUUUUAAUGGCACAAGCUCUCGAGAAGUUGUUUGUACAGAAAUUAUCUCAGAUGCCACAGGAAGAACGUGUUGUGGGUGGUAAGGAAAGAACGAAGAAAGGCACACAACAGAAUAUAGUAGUUUCUUCUGUUAAAGAAAAACCAUUCCCCAAAGCACCAGAAAAAUUAUUUAAGCAGCAAAUGAUUCCUUCUGCAUUUCCUGAUAUGUCUAUUUCACCUUUAAUCAUGACACAAGGAGCUCCAUUCAACUUUACUUCACAGACAGUGGCCCAAGUUACAAAGGGUGUGAAGAGGAAAGCAGAUACAACAACGCCUACAGCUUCAGAAGUUAAAGCAAAUAGUGAAUCUUUCCCAACUCUUACAGAAAACAAGAUGGCGAAAAUGCCAUCCAUAAAAGAAAAUGUGCUGAAGAAUGUUUUCCCAGAUUCUCAGCAACAAUAUAACUUUGUGAAGAGUGUUAAAGUAACCGAGCAAUUAAAACAGUGUAGUGAGAUUCUUGAAGAAAUGCUUGCAAAGAAACACUCACCAUAUGCAUGGCCCUUUUAUAAACCUGUUGAUGUUAAUGCUUUGGGACUCCAUAACUAUUAUGAUAUUGUCAAAAAUCCAAUGGAUCUUGGAACUAUUAAGCGAAAAAUGGACAACCAAGAAUAUAAGGAUGCACAUGAAUUUGCUGCAGAUGUUAGAUUAAUAUUCAUGGAUUGCUACAAAUAUAAUCCUCCAGAUCAUGAAAUAGUGACAAUGGCAAAAAUGCUCGAGAAUGUUUUUGAAAUACAUUUUGCAAAGAUCCCAGAUCCAAUUGAGAGUAUGUCUGUGCAUUACAUGAAAACAGACACCACAGAAACCCUUGGUAGGGAAAGUGGUGCUCCCUCUGAUGAUAACACUUCUGAUGAUUCCGAAGAUGAACGGGUCCAAUGUCUUGCAAAACUUCAGGAGCAGCUUAAAGCUGUUCAUCAACAACUGCAGGCUCUGUCUCAAGUACCUUUCCAUAAACUAAAGAAAAAGAAUGUGAAGUCUAAAAGGGAAAAGAAAAAAGAAAAGCUUAAUAACAGAGAGGAAAAUUCAAGGAAAAAGUUUAAGCAAAUGAAAAAGUUAAAGCAAAUAAAAGUAAAGGAAAAUUCCAAGAACAAACAGCCAAAGAAGAGGAAACAACAAGUCUUUGCCCUAAAAUCUGAGGAUGAAGAUAAUGCUAAACCUAUGAAUUAUGAUGAGAAAAGGCAGUUAAGUUUAGAUAUAAACAAACUUCCUGGAGAUAAACUUGGGCGAAUAGUUCACAUAAUACACUCAAGAGAGCCUUCACUGAGAAAUUCCAAUCCUGAUGAGAUCGAGAUAGACUUUGAAACACUGAAAGCAUCAACACUGAGAGAGUUAGAAAAGUAUGUUGCAGCAUGUCUAAGAAGAAGACCACUAAAGCCGUACGCUAAGAAAAUAAUGAAAUCCAAAGAAGAACUUAAUUUUCAGAAAAAACAGGAAUUGGAAAAGCGGUUACAGGACGUCAAUAAUCAGUUAAAUUUUGGAAAGCGUCAAACAAAAUCUGUGAAAGUUCAGGCACCCAAGGCCGUUGGAAGCGUUUCCCAAUUGAGUGACAGCACUAGUAGCAGCAGCAGCAGCAGUUCUUCGGAGUCUGACAGUAGUAGCAGUGAUUCAAGUUCUUCAGACAGCAGUGAUUCUGAAUCAGAAAUGUUUCCUAAAUUUACUGGAGAAAAAAAGAACUAUGUUCCUUCUAAAGAGAAUGUAAAGAUACAGUCUUCUUUGCAAGACAAAACCUCUGUUCCUCAGACUACACAUUCAUGUGAAAUACCACCAAAUCACCAUCAGUUAGCAUGUAAUCAUCAAGAAUUAGAACAGUUACAGAGUGUGAAAAAUAUUCCACAUUUACAAAUUCUGUGUCCCCCAGGUGAGUCUGAACAAGGCUUGAAUGACCGUACUGUGAUGCAUCAGUCUAGUGAUGCUGACACAAUUGUUGUAGAAACUGAAUGUCAAGUUUCUGUGCAGAAGGAUAUAAAGAUCAAGAAUGCAGACUCUUGGAAAAGUUUAGGUAAACCAGUCAAAACAUCAAGUGUACUGAAAUCAACAGAUGAGCUUUUCAACCAAUUUAGAAAAGCAGCAAUAGAAAAGGAAGUUAAAGCUCGAACACAGGAACUGAUACAGAAGCAUCUGUAUCAGAAGCAACUGAUACAGAAGCAUCUGGAACAGAAUUCAAAGGAACUUAAAGUAUCUCAAGAAAAUCAGAGGAACCAUAGUGAAGGCUUGACUCUAAAAUCUUUUUCAAAUAAAUUGCAAAACAAAUGUCAUGGAGAAGAACAGAAAGAACACCAGCAGUCAUUGGAAACUCAAGAUAAAUGUGAAUUCUGGCUUCUGAAAGAUCGUAAUUUAGCAAGGGAAAGAGAGCAAGAGCGGAGGAGGAGAGAAGCAAUGGCUGGUACCAUUGAUAUGACCCUUCAAAGCGACAUCAUGACCAUGUUUGAAAACAACUUUUAUUAA